GUGAUUGGUUGCCUGGCCGCGGAGCAAAUUAAACCAUCAUCUCAAUCAGCUGUUGUUGCCUGUGGAGCCCCAGGGUGGUCGCUUUCUCUGUGUUCAGGUGCUUCCUCCAAAUUAAGAUAAGACAUGGGCUACCUCCUGAUCCACUGUCCACUCCUCUUGGGAACCAUCUGCAUGCUGGGCUGUCCUGCAGUCAGUGGGCUGUUCGAGUGGGUGAGGAUCACGCAGCCUCAUCCUGCCGCAGCUGCUCCUCCUCCAGUAGCUCCAGCGCUUCUGGUGAAAGAUGCUCCGUUUGAAAUGGUGACCACAGAUGAGAAGUUUCUGGCUGAAGCGAAGCAACUGGAGCUGAGCCCAUUAGACAGUUGCCACUACAGGGUGGUUGCUCGGCUGAGGUCCAGCUGUGAAAGCCUCUCUGAGGAGAAUCUCGCCAAGCUCGGAGUGGAACUGUUUAACUGUCAGGCAGAGAUCGAAGGGCGCCGGACCUUCCCAUGCACAGAAGAAAUGACCAUAAAAGAAUGCACAGCAGAUAUGGAUCCGGACACAUGGAAUGCCUACCACAUAGUGAGCAACAGAGCGCGCUCAGUUUGCUACGCAACUCGCCAGCAGCUUUUUCGCCGCCGAGCGGAGCUUACGGUCAAUUCUCUCAUCUCCACAGCAACAAGCCAGUUAGACGCAAUGAAAGACCUGAAGGUGGGACAGCUGGAGCUGAAGGAGUUGACUACAGCUUCUCUCGACAAGCUGCUUGAGGGCCACAGUGCCCUUCAGUCUCAACAGGACAAACUGCACGAGGGUCAGGAGCAGAUGGAGGGUUCGCUGAGGGAAAACCUGGAACGUCUGGGUCAGGAAAAGGCCCUGAUUGCCUCUGGACAAGAGGUGGUAGCCCAGCUCAUUCAGGGCAUUACAAAAAGAAUGGAAAAUGUAAGCGAGUAUCUGCAGGUCCAAAGCUCAGAGGUCCAAGACAACCACAAGGCAAUCGUUGAUGACCUUGCGGGUGUCAGGCACCAAGCUCAGGAUAUCUACCAGAAAAUUGACCACAGCAUGUCUGAGUUCCUGCAGUACCAGGACCAGACCUCCCAGUACUACACUGACCUGAUGAACAAACUGGAGCGCAUGAACAGCACACUGGGAGUCAUGCUGCACUACUUGGAUAACAUGCAGCUUCGGAUAGAGGAGAGGCUUCACAUGAUUCAGGGCUACCUGGGCUGGGCGGGUUUAAGUCUGACAGCUAUGUGGACCUGUGUUGCACACACGGGCUACUUCGUGUUGUGUGCAGUCCUUCUGACGUUCCUGCGCUGUCCAGGUUUCUCUAGAGCCAUGCUGCUGCUCAUGGUUCCCCUGAAUGCAGUGGCCGAGAUCAACCAGCAGCCAGCGCUGGACCUCACCAGUCUCAGCGUGCUGCUACUUGCUCUGUCACUUGGUCACUGGUUUGUAAAUCGCCUUUGGGCUUGUAUGCCAAGCAGAAAUGAGCUCGUUCCACCAUUGAUGCUUGGUCCAUGGAACAUCGUGGAGCCUCAGAAGAAUGCAAUGGCGGGUCCACCAUCAUCCACACCAGAAAGAUACGGAAAAGGCGACGUAUAUGAGCAAGACAACCUGUUGAAUCAUGACAGUUUUUUAUCAGGUGAACUUGGCAUAUCAGCAUUAUCUCCCACUCAAAGGAGGCCCGUGCCAGAGCCUAACUUCCUACCAAUAUUUGGAACACCGAAUCGGUCCACUCCCAGGCCAAUACCUCCUGAACUUCUAUCAAGGGCUCUAAUUGAAGACCUCCCUCAAAAGAUCCUGGGAGGAGUUUUUGAUUCAGUGAAUGUAUCUCAUGAUUUUGGAAGGGACUCGAGAAGUGCAAGUCUUACCCCAUCAAUUAUCACCAACAGCUCCUUGUCAGGCCGUCAGCUGUGUAAUGGAAUCACAAAAACAGGGAAAACCUGUAAGAAUAAAGCGCUUCUAGGACAAGAGUACUGCCGAGUUCAUGAAGGGGGACACAGCUCUUUUAUUCACUCCUAAAAUGUUAAACUUUGUGACAUAUAUAUAUAUGUUUUUUUUAAAUGGACCCAUUACUGCCAAGAAAUGUUUGCAACAAUUAUUGCUUAACAAGCACUACAUCUGUAGGAAUUUUAAAUGUUUAACUCAUGUCCUUAGAAACAAAUGUUUUACAUGUUUUUUUUUUAAAAUAAAUUAUUUCUCAUUGA